GCUGGAGCUGACCAAGCAAUGUAAUAUUGAAAUUCACAAUGGCCCUGCUGCUGACUGCUCUUCAGACAGUGUCCCUGGUCUCCUUCUACUACACAUUCUCCAUCAGCCUCACCUUCUAUAACAAAUGGAUCCUCACCGGCUACCCAUUCCCCCUCUCCAUUACAAUGAUACAUCUGAUUGUCAAAUUCCUCUUGGCAUGGUUGGUACGUAAGAUCUGGUCGUGUAUCCGUGGGUCCCCUCCCCUCGUCCUGAGCUGGGGAGACUACCUCAAGAACAUCGUACCUGUUGCCGUCUUCAGUGCUCUGGAUAUCGGGCUGUCCAAUUGGAGCCUCCUCUUUAUUACCGUGUCUCUAUAUACAAUGUCAAAGUCGACUGCACUCAUUUUCAUUCUGUUCUUUGCACUUCUGUUUCGGUUGGAGAAGUUUCGUCUAGCUGUAGUGGGUGUGGUCAUUCUGAUAGUGGCCGGACUGCUCAUGUUCACGUACAAGUCGACAGCAUUUAAUCUGGAGGGGUUUAUACUAGUCCUAGGAGCCUCAGUCAUCACUGGUCUUCGCUGGAGUUGUGCUCAGCUCACCAUCCAGAAGGAACAGUUGGGACUGUCUAAUCCUGUGGAUACAUUGUUUCAUUUGCAACCUGUUAUGAUCCUUGUCCUGUUGCCCAUCGCAAUACCUGUUGAUGGCACCAAUGUGGGCACAUCAGUGCUGGUAUUCCGAGCAUCUGACUGGGCGGAGUUUGGUUGGUCAACUGCAUACAUCUUACCUGCUGCAUGUAUGGCCUUUAUGCUGGGGGUGUCAGAGUAUCUGCUGGUCUACCACACCUCAGGGCUGACUCUCUCUGUGGCAGGAGUCCUCAAGGAGGUGCUCAUAUUGACGCUGUCCACUCUCUGGUGGGAGGAGGAGUCUCUGACCCCGCUCAAUAUGGUUGGCAUAGCAGUGUGUGUCAGUGGCAUUGCCCUGCAUGUGGCCAUCAAGGCCUAUUACAGCAGAGUUGAAGAUGAGAAGGAGUCAGAGUCCAAAGUUCGAGAGGACACAAUGGAGCUCCUCCCUUCUGCAAAGAAUGGGCGUGGUUUUGUUGCCGAGUACAGUGAUGAGAGUGAUGUAGUCUAUGAAAAACAGACUAACAAUAUCAAUUCAUAAUUAUAAUGGCACUUGUUUUUCAAUGUCAUCCCCUUUUGUGUUUGUUAAUGGUACAUGUUGUCACUGAUGAGGGCUCACAUACUGUUA